AUAUAAUAAACAACCAAAAAGAACAGACUUUUCAAAAUUACCAUUAUGAAAUUACUAGCAUACUUCCUACUACUAUUAGGUGUGGAUUAUAGUUAUGCCAUUUUGAAGCAACAGUCUUUCGAUCCCUCUACCAAGACUUGUAAAGAGUUUUACCAUUAUCCCUGUAGAAGUACUAGCAAUAUAUUUCGCAGCUUUAGACAAUGUCAAAAAUAUUGUGGCAGAGCGGUUUCUGCAUCCAGUGAAGAUUAUAAAACGUAUUUUUAUUCUCCUACCACCUUGUCCUGCGAACCAUUUGUUUAUCAAUAUUGCAAAAAUGACGUUAACCUCUUCACUAAUCCACUGGAUUGCUCCCAAAACUGUCAAGAUAAUAGCGAUUCUCCGUGCAACCUUCCCCAAGUCGUGGGACCUUGCGAAGCGUUAAUUCCAAGAUAUUAUUAUGAUGCCCAUGCCGGUAUUUGCAAAGAUUUUAAUUACGGAGGUUGCAGGGGUAACGCCAAUAAUUUCAAAAAUAAGGUUGACUGCGUAAGAAAAUGCGAGCAGAGAUUCACGAUAGAACCUAAUCUAACCCCAAAGUCAUAUUAAUUUAGCGAUUUUGUAUUGAAUAAUGAUAUUUAAAAAUAUGUAUUUAAUUCUUUAUAAUGUCAAA